AUGUCCCACACUAACAAGAACGAGAGCUACGCCGACGCCGCCCACAAGGCCCCCCCUCAGACCAAGGAGGAGAAGCAGUGCCCCGUUCUGACCCCUGGCCAGCAGGAGGAGAUCGAGAAGAAGGCCGAGAAGGUCGAGAAGGAGUUCCGAAAGGUCGAGAAGGAUGUUAUUGCUAAGAAGGAGGAGCUUGCCGAGGAGCUCAAGAAGGACGGCAAGGCUCUGUCCGAGAAGUCUUCCGAGCUCUACGCCAAGAUCUCCAACGAGCUCCAGAACCCCGUCGUUGCUGCCAACGUUGUUGUCGGCAUCGUCGCUGCCAUUGGUGUCGGUUACUCCGCUUACCAGAAGCACACCCGAGGUGAGCUUGACGGUAAGCUGGCCGGCAUCUACGUCGGAGGCCUUGCUGCCUUCGGUGCUUUCCAGUACCUCAUUUCUGCUCGAUCUUACAAGAAGUUUGAGUAA